CCCACGCACCCCUCUUCCUCAGACCAAACCCUAGCUUCCCAGACCCCUAUAAAAUGCCUCACCCGCCGCCGCCGCCGCCUCAACACCCUCCGCCAAAAUGCAGAUCUUCGUCAAGACCCUCACGGGGAAGACCAUCACCCUCGAGGUUGAGAGCAGCGAUACCAUCGACAAUGUCAAGGCCAAGAUCCAGGACAAGGAGGGGAUCCCGCCGGACCAGCAGCGGCUGAUCUUCGCCGGAAAGCAGUUGGAGGACGGCCGCACCCUUGCCGACUACAACAUCCAGAAGGAGUCCACCCUCCAUCUCGUCCUCAGGCUCCGUGGAGGCAUCAUCGAGCCGUCCCUGCAGGCUCUUGCCCGCAAGUACAACCAGGAGAAGAUGAUCUGCCGCAAAUGCUACGCGCGCCUGCACCCAAGGGCUGUCAACUGCCGCAAGAAGAAGUGUGGCCACAGCAACCAGCUGAGGCCCAAGAAGAAGAUCAAGAACUAGAGUGCUGCUAGUCAGUUUCAUGGACCGGUUGAAUCCAUUGCCGUGUCAGAGUUUAUGCUAUUAUCGUCUCGGUUGUCGUUGAACCUUAUUUUACUUUGCUUUCAGCCUCCUAUUGUUGUGGUGAUGAUAAGUGACAGUAUUGGUAUAUGGUAGCAAACCUAUAAUUUUGCCGUA